CCUCCUCCCAGCUCACCCCCUUCCUCAUCUCCCCACAGUGAGGGAACCUGCUCCUGCCCGCCAGCCACUAGCAGUUGCCCGCGCCACCGCUCCCGCCGACAUCGCCGGGCGCCACCGGUAAUGCAAUGGCCGCCAUCGUCUCUUCUGCCGCGCCAACGAAGCUGACUCCUCCGCGCGCCCGGAGGCCCAAACAUGCGCGCAGGACUAGGCGCCUCCCCCUUGGAGGCCCCGCGGCGGGCCUCUUCGCCACGCUCGGAUUGAAUGGCGGCAGCGCCGCUCUCGCCGCUCCUCUCUCCUACGAGGAGAUGCUGCGGCUCUCAUCCGACACCGCCGGUGGUGGGGGUGACGGGUUCUCCCUCCCAGACCUCGGCCUCGGCGGGUUGGUGGACUUCGUCGCGCAGAACCCGCUCGUCGUCGCCGCGGGCUUCGCCGUGGUCGCCGUGCCGUUUGUCGUUUCCCAGGUUCUUGGCGGCUCCCCCAAGCCGUACGAAACCGUGUCCGUGAAAGCCGCGUACCGGAGGCUUCUGGAGGAGCCUGACGCGCAGCUCGUCGACAUCAGGCCGCUCAAGGACGCCCGGGAGGUCGGCUCGCCGGACAUCUCGGAGGCCAAGAAGAAGGCGGUGGCCGUGCCCUACGACGGCGAGGACAAGAACGGUUUCUUGAAGAAGCUUGCGCUGAGGUUUAAGGACCCGGAGAACGCCACAUUGAUCAUUCUUGACAAGUUUGAUGGGAACUCUGAACUAGUUGCUGAGCUUGUCACAUCCAAUGGCUAUAAAGGUGCUUUUGCGGUAAAGGAUGGUGCGGAAGGACCUCGGGGAUGGCAGAGCAGUGAUCUUCCCUGGACUGCUCCCAAGAAGGGAUUCAGUUUGGACUUCGGUGAGCUAUUUGGGGAUGGUUCUCAAGGUUUGCCUGUCACAAUUGGUCUUGCUGCAGCUACUGGUUUGGGAAUACUUGCCUACACAGAGAUAGAAACCGUGCUGCAGUUUCUGGGUUCAGCUGCCAUUGUCCAGGUUGUGGCAAGCAAGCUCGUCUAUGCCGAGGACCGAAAGAAGACCCUUCAACAGAUUGAUGACUUCUUUAACAAGAAGAUUGCACCAAAGGAGCUUGUUGAUGAAAUUAAGGAAAUCGGGCAGGCUCUCCUGCCUUCAUCUGGUGAAGCUAAGAGCCAACCAGCAACAGCGGCAGUGCCAGCUGCUGCCACGGCAACUGCUGCACCAGCAGCAGCACCAGCAGCCCCAGCUGCUGCCACGGCAACUGCUGCACUAGUAGCAGAACCAGCAGCCCCAGCUGCAGAAGCCAGCACAGAAUCGCCUCCUGAAACGGCAACAUCAAGACCCCUGUCACCAUUUGCAAAUUAUCCAGAUCUCAAACCACCGGCCAGCCCUUCCCCACCAGCUUCAGAGGGUAAAACCGAGGUGAAGGCUGAUGUCGCAGUAACCGAAUCGCCACCGGUGGAAGUUAACUCAGCACCGGUAGCAGAAGCCGUCGAAGAAUCAUUGCCUCCUGCGAAGCCCAGACCUCUUUCGCCAUAUGCGAACUAUCCAGAUCUCAAACCGCCGGCCUCUCCUUCGCCUUCGCCGCCUUAGGGAUGAGUUUGUUUUGAGAGGAUCGAGCUUAUCGUUGGCUGUCGUCCGCAUAAGAAACCAGGCAUAGAGGGACAUUGAUCUGUUCAUAAGGCACCGCGCUAGAGUACCAAGGUCUCAAGCAGUACAUAUGUAUCUCCAGUGAUCGAUUCGUUUUGCUCUUGUAAUUGUGGAACUACUAUAGAAGAAACUGAGGCCGGCGAGCCUCCACUUGUGAAGCGUACUGUCAUUGUUGCAAUCCGAAUUUUUUCUAGAAA